AUGGAUAUCCACGCAGCGGCUCUCCCUGCGGUGCUGCCAAAGUUAAGGGUCCCACAGGGUGCAGCAUUUUCCCCCAGGGAUAAAACUCCGGGGCGUCUGGACGCUCUAGAGGCUCUCCCAGGUGCCAUGGAGGUUUCGCACGAGCAGCUGCCCCAGUGCAGCAGCAGCAGCAGUAGCUGCUACAACUAUCCAUCAGAUCUUUCAAACGCCCCUGAGACCCCCCGCCCCCAUUCGGCGAAUGCUCCUCACCACUACGUAAACAACUGCAGCGAAGAUCACUCUCCCUCUAGGAUUGACGAAGGAAGGGCGCCCCUUCUCCCUCGUGACGACCUCACCGUCCCCCCGCAUGCACACCACGAGUUUCAACGCCAGCCACUCUCUCCUCCCCAGCAACUGCCGCCACGCUACGGCUACCCAUAUGCCCCUGUGGAGGACCCCCGGCUCCCAGUGGACAGAACAGACACCUUAUCAGUAGUUUCUUUGGCUAGUUCUGCAGCUACGCAGCAGUACUUGGGUCAAAAGCAGCAAGCCGCCGCAUUCCGAAAACGGCAGCAGCAGCACCACGCAUUCAUUUGCGGCAGCUCCGCCCUCUCCGAAGCGGGCAGCACCGACAUGUCCCCAACUGUCAACGGGGUAGCCCAUGCCGCCCCCCCCCCCUCCGCCCCUAGAAGUUACCACUUGAUCGCAAAUCCUAGGGGGGGGCAGAGGCUUCAAGCGGCUCCCACAGCAGCCGCAGACAUGCCCGCAGAACUGAGCAGCUGUGACAGCGCUUCUGUCAGCAACUACUGCGCCAGCGAGGUGUACAGCAGCAGCAGCAGCAGCAGCAGCAGGGUUUACUCGCCCUUCAGGCCGCGUGAAGACCGUCGCAGCAGCCGCACCAAGCUGCUGGACGCUCUGCGCAGCACAGGCUCAGUGCUCCCGCUAACAGAAUCGGCAGCAAACAGCAGCGGCAAUCUUUCGCAAGAACAGCAGACGCAGCCGGAGCCUCCGCCCUUCCCCCUUUGCAACAUGGGCAAAAAAAACGAACCACGCAAACACCACGUCGGCUCUGGAGGUUUACUGCCGGGAGACUGCCAAUGGUUUAGUGCAGAGGUUCCGCGAGGGAUCUCCCGAAAUAUCUCCCACGGAGGGGGGGCCUCUUCCUCCUGUCUUGGCUGCCAGCAGCGUCAUUCUGCCAUUGCUAGUGGCUGCAGCACUCCGCGGUCUGCAGUCAGCAGUUGCAGUGGGAGGAGCAGUGUCAUCAGCAGUACGAGCUCGAGCAGCUGCAACAGUUGCUGCUCUGCUCGUGAGCGUCGGUUGUUGCAAAGCCGCAGCACGAUUUUCGGAGAUAUGGCUGUGGUGGGAGACGUGGGAGGAGGGGCCUUUGGAGAGCCUGCGCCUCUUCCAAGAGCUGCAGACUGCUGUCUCGUAGAUAAAACGGCUAACUUGAGACGACGCCAAGAGCAGCUACGGAACCCUCAGUUCUCCGACUUGUUUGGCAGGCCUACUCCAUCUCCUCCCGCUGCUGUCUCUGGCGCGGCUGUGGCUACUGAGAGCGGCGUUGACACCACAAGGUCUGCAGUCCCCAAGGAAGAUAUUACCGCACAUGAAAGGUUUCAUAGAGCAAUGCGCUCCUCAAUCGACAUGGGAACCCAGCCGCCGCUUCCCCCCACAUCCGCCGUGAGACAUGCAGCACUUUGCAGUUGCGGUUUGGGUGCGCGUGUGAUCAAUCGCUGGUGGAGUCGUGACACUUGCACUGCUUUUCCUCGAGUGCGUCCUCUCGAUACUUCCUUAGGGCUGCAGCAGCAGAAGGAGCUACGAGAACUUACGCAAGCGGGCAAGGGAGGCCGCUUUCACGCAGAGAGUCGCGUUUUCGGGAGACUCUGCGAGGAACAAGACGCCAAAACGAAAUCAGAAGACGGUGGUCUUGAGGUACCACACGUUGACAGGGGAAGGGGGGAAAGGGCAGGAGCGCGACUCGUUGUGCUGCACCUCUCCGGCUUGGCUCGCACCCAUCGGGAAGAGGAUUUGCUGCGGCUCAUCAAAGGCUCCGAAAGAGGCCCUGAAGGAACCCCUUCUCCUCCUUUGAGGCUGGGAGCUCUUAAAGUUGACAUUGCGGCGGAUCCGAUAACAAACGAGUGCACGGGUGGAGCAAAGGUAACGCUUAGAUAUUCGGGGGGUCCUGAGACUCUUAACCAGAUCGUGCAUAAGCUUAGUCAUGCAAACAUAAGGGCUCGAGUGGAAUCCAUCCAAUAA